CCGAGCUUCUCUUUAAACGUGCCGCGCAGUAGUGCACUCCGCUGCAUUGCUGCCACACGGAUGCUGCCACGAGCGGCAGCCAUGCUCCUUCUCGCCGGCGCCGCGCGGAGUUUGCGACCGACGAUGCGACGCGUGACGCGCUUCGGCGGCGCGCGGGGCCUGCGACCGACGAUGCGACGCUUGACUCAGGCUCCGCAACCGACGAUGCGACACCUGACGCGCCUGCUCGCGACGACGCCUACCGGCGCCGACGCGCUGCCGGCGCUGCGCGCGGACCUCGCCGCGCUGAGCGACGAAGUCGCGAAGACGCGGCCGCCGGCCGAGCGCGUGGCGGCCUGGCAGAACGACAUCCGGGACCUCGAGGCGGCCGCCGCCGCGCCGGACUUUUGGGACGACAGCGACGCCGCGCAGACCGCGCUCGCGCGGCUCGCCGCGUUGAAAGGCGACCGCGACGCCGUCGCGGCGGGCGACGCGCUCCUCGAGGACGCCGCCGCCGCGCUCGACGGCCUCGCGGAGUCGGAAAACGACGAGGAGAGCGAGGCGUUCUACGCCGAGGCGGCGACGGACGCGCUCGACGCGCUGCGAAAAGCUCUUGAAGAAAGACAACUCGCGCAAGCGCUGAACGGCCCCUUCGACGCGUGCGCGUGCCGUUUGGAGGUGCAGGCCGGCGCCGGCGGCCUCGACGCGCAGGACUGGACGGCCAUGGUCGCCAGGAUGUACGCGCGCUUCUGCGACGCGAGAGGUCUGCAGUGCAGGGAGCUCGAGCGCGCCGAGGGCGACCACCCGGGCUGCGUGAAGAGCGUUACCUUACAAGUGGAGGGCCCGCACGCGUUCGGGUUAUUACGGGGCGAGCGCGGCGCUCAUAGACUCGUGCGGCAGUCGCCCUUCAACAGCGCCGCAAAGCGCCAGACGUCGUUCGCGAGCGUGGAGCCCGUGCCGGAACUGCCCGAGGACCACCCGGCUUUGCCGCAGGACAUUGUGGAUUUAGAUGAUAACGACCUGGAGAUCACGACAGCGAGAGCGGGCGGCGCCGGCGGCCAGAACGUCAAUAAAGUGGAGACGGCGGUGCGCAUCGUGCACCUGCCGACGGGCGUCGCCGUAAAGUCGACGCGCGAGCGCACCCAGGCGGCGAACAAGCGCGACGCCCUGAAUCGACUCAGAGCGAAGCUCGCGCUCAUCGUCGCUGAGCAGCGGGCCCAGGCUCUCGCGGACGUGCGCGGCGAGCGCGUCCAGGCCGACUUCGGCGCGUCGGUGCGCUCCUACGUGCUCCACCCGUACAAGCUCGUGAAGGACGACGUCCACGAGUCGUCGCGCGCGCUGGACGUGCUCGACGGCGAGCUCGGGGGCUUUGUGGACGCGCGGCUUCGGGCGCGCGCCGCCGCGUCCGAGGAGACUGAUUAG